CAACGUUCAUGUUUCAAAGCUAAUUUAUUUGUCAGGGUGUUUUCAUUUCUUGGAGAUACUUUGAAAGUUAUUUGUUAGGACUUUAUUGUGAAACAGCUAACAGUAGACUCAGUCGUGUGUGGACCUUGUGAUUCUCACAAUGUCUCUCGGUUGCCUGAGGUUGGCUUUGGCCCAUGCGGUAAGGGGUAUAUGUCGCUCUAGGAGCGCAGUUGCCCUUCUCCUUUUGUCUAGACCCCAAGCCUACAGACCCCUGUGGGGUCAAUUGGGUGUCACCUUCCCGGUCUCCACUAUGGUGGAUGGCAAUGAGGAAUUUACAGAGAGUGCACUCCAGAAAAAGAAGAAAAACCAGAAUAAAAAAGCUCGGGUCACCAUUAGCAGUGUGGGCAGGAAGAUUCACCACCGCCACCUACAGCUGCUGAGUGAGCAGGGCGAGAACUUGGGCACCAUGCAUCGGGCUGAUGCACUGAGACUUCUAGAUGAGAAAGGACUGAAACUCAUUUCUGUAAAUGAACACACUGACCCGCCUGUGUAUCAGCUGAUGAGCGGUAAACAGAUUCAUGAGGAACAGAUGAGGCUGAGGGAGAAAGAGAGAGCCAAGGCAGGAGGCCCUGUCCAGGUCAAGGAAUUGACCCUCUCCUCGGACAUCGCUCUGCAUGACCUGGACACCAAGCUUUUACAAAUGGCAAACUGGCUGGGAAAAAAACAUCAUGUCAAACUGAUGCUGAAGGCAAGAGGCGGUGGCACAGCCCUGGAUACAGUUCUGGGCGAGAUGGUGCAGAGGCUGCAGGUGCCAGUAGGCUUCGUGUCAAAACCCAAAACCAUCCAAGACGGGCGGGCUGCCACAUGCGUCCUCCGACCAGCAACUACCAAAGAACUGCAACAGCAGGGGGCACAACAAGGCGCGCAGACGCCAGCAGAGGCACCCAAGCCUAGCCCUGACCAACAGCCACCAUCCAUGUCCCAGUUAGACCAGUCAAAAGACUAACAGCAAGCAAUAAAAAUGACAAU